UCAAAGGACACGCCACAAUAAAAUCGAUGCCCACAUUUUCACUCUCAUCUCUCUUUCUUUCUCUCUCAUAAAACCUCUUUCUCUCUCUAAAAAUUGGAACUUCGGCAGUAGAAGAAGAACACAGGCAGGACGAGCUUCAAUUUCAUCACUGAUUGAGAGUGGUUUCUGCAAUGCACCGUGUGGGUAGUGCUGGAAACACAGCCAAUUCCACCCGCCCUCGUAAAGAGAAGAGAUUAACGUACGUGUUGAAUGAUGCAGAUGACACAAAGCAUUGUGCGGGCAUAAAUUGUUUGGCUGUGCUGAAGUCAUCAGUGUCUGGUGGGAGUGAUUAUCUUUUUACUGGGAGUCGUGAUGGCACACUAAAAAGAUGGGCAUUGGGUGAUGAUGUUGCUACCUGCUCUGCUACCUUUGAGUCUCAUGUGGACUGGGUAAAUGAUGCUGUUCUUGCUGGUGAUAAUACACUUGUUUCCUGCUCUUCAGAUGCCACCCUCAAGACAUGGAAUUCCUUGUCCGAUGGGAAUUGUACAAGGACUCUCCGUCAGCAUUCUGACUAUGUUACUUGUCUUGCUGCAGCUGGAAAAAAUAGCAAUGUUGUUGCCUCUGGGGGACUUGGAGGGGAGGUAUUUGUGUGGGAUCUUGAAGCUGCGCUUGCUCCAGUUUCAAAGUCAGGUGAUGCAAUGGAAGAUGAUUGUUCGAAUGGUAUCAAUGGUUCUGGGAAUCCACUGCAAAUGACAAGUUUACGCACAAUUAGCUCAAGCAAUAGUAUUUCAAUGCACACUACUCAGUCACAUGGAUAUGUUCCAAUUGCUGCCAAAGGCCACAAGGAGUCAGUUUAUGCUUUGGCAAUGAAUGAUAGCGGAACUCUUCUUGUCUCUGGUGGUACAGAGAAGGUGGUCCGUGUUUGGGACCCAAGAAGUGGGUCAAAGACGAUGAAAUUAAGAGGGCAUACAGAUAAUAUCAGGGCUUUGCUUCUUGACUCUUCUGGCAGAUUUUGCUUGUCUGGAUCUUCUGAUUCAAUGAUCAGACUAUGGGAUCUUGGUCAGCAACGAUGCAUGCAUACCUAUGCUGUGCACACAGACUCUGUAUGGGCUCUUGCAAGUACUCCUACAUUUAGUCAUGUAUAUAGUGGUGGCAGAGACCUUUCUUUAUACUUGACAGACUUGGCAACAAGAGAGAGUCUUUUGCUUUGCACAGGGGAGCAUCCUGUUCUUCAGUUGGCUUUGCAUGAUGAUAGUAUAUGGGUUGCAACUACAGACUCUUCAGUUCAUAGGUGGCCUGCCGAGGGAAGCAACCCUCAGAAGAAUUUUCAAAGAGGUGGCUCAUUCUUAGCUGGAAAUUUGUCAUUUUCAAGGGCUAGGGUGUCCUUAGAAGGAUCUACACCCACUCCUGUUUAUAAAGAACCAUCUUUUACAAUUCCUGGAACCCCUGGGAUAGUGCAACAUGAAAUACUAAAUAAUAGAAGGCAUGUCUUGACAAAGGAUACUGCUGGUUCAGUGAAGCUGUGGGAGAUCACCAGGGGCAUUGUAAUUGAGGAUUUUGGAAAGGUUUCAUUUGAUGAAAAAAAGGAGGAGCUUUUUGAGAUGGUAAGCAUUCCUGCAUGGUUCACUGUGGAUACUAGACUUGGAAGUUUGUCUGUCCAUUUGGAUACCCCACAAUGCUUCUCUGCUGAGAUGUAUUCGGCAGACCUCAACAUUGUGGGAAAGCCUGAGGAUGAUAAGGUUAACCUUGCACGGGAAACUCUUAAAGGUCUGCUGACUCAUUGGUUGGCCAAAAGAAAGCACAAAUUUGGAUGCCAAGCUACAGCCAAUGGGGAGAUAUCUGGGAAGGAAAUUACGGCAAGAAGUCUCACCCAUUCAAGAAUUGAAGCAGAUGGGAAUGCCGAAAAUGAUUCGAAUGUCUACCCACCUUUUGAAUUUUCUACAGUAUCUCCUCCUUCCAUUAUUACUGAGGGCUCACAGGGAGGUCCGUGGAGGAAGAAAAUUACUGAUUUAGAUGGAACUGAAGAUGAGAAAGACUUUCCUUGGUGGUGUUUGGAUUGUGUGUUGAAUUAUCGCUUACCUCCCAGAGAAAAUACCAAAUGCAGCUUUUAUCUACAUCCAUGUGAAGGUUCUACUAUCCAGAUCCUUACACAAGGAAAACUGAGUGCACCUCGUAUUUUGAGAAUUCACAAAGUUGUUAACUAUGUUAUUGAAAAGAUGGUCCUUGACAAGCCAAUAGAAAGCGUGAAUCCUGAUGGGGCAUUUCCUUCAGGUCCUGCUGGAGGACAGUUGCAGACCUCAGCAGUUGGUGAUGGAUCUUUCCGACCUGGAUUGAAGCCAUGGCAAAAGCUUAGGCCUUCCAUAGAGAUACUGUGCAACAAUCAGGUCUUGCCUCCGGACAUGAGCUUGGCCACGGUGCGUGCUUACAUAUGGAAGAAACCUGAAGACCUGGUUCUUAAUUACAGGGUAGUUCAAGGCAGGUGACCAUGACAUCGAGGAGAAGGUAAUUUGUGCUUGUAUAAAGUACUGGAACAAAUUUGAUUCUUCCGAGGAUGCUUCUGUUGAUCAGAAAUACAUCGGAUUGUUGUAAAUUUGGAAAGCAAUCAAGUACUGGAUCUAGUGCAUCCUCCAAUCUCUGCUGAGGGCUUCUCGCUAGCAUUUCCCUAGUUCAAGUGGUGGUAUUAUAAACUUUGAACUUUGUGGCUGACAUGCGAGCUUUCACAGGAUACUGCGAGUUGCUUACUGGUCAACAUUCUGCAUAUGCCAAUAGAAGGGUUUUUGUCUGUGGAUGAGAAAUGAUAGAAAGUAUCUUGGAGUUUCUCCGAGGGCAGAGAGUUAGAAAAAUAUUAUGGCGAUAAUCUUUGUAGAUUCGUAUUGGGGGUUACUGUACCUAGUCAUAAAUAACUCAGUUGUGGAGGUUAUUUUUUAACUUGGUUUUUGGAAAUAAAACAUUCCCAAUUUCUAUCAAAUGAAUUAUUAGAUAUUUAUUGCUA